AUGGCGGACAGCUUCAGAAACGCGAUGAUCAACCGGUCUCUCCGCGACAUCAAGAACAACCUCGAAUUCCUCGUCGAGUCCAACGUCCUCACCCCGGCGCAACACGACACCAUCGCAUCCCAACUGCCCGUCUCAGCGGAAAACAGCGCGCGCGCCCUCCCCGCCGUGCCCGUCGCCCAACUCUCUUCGAUGAACAUCCAGAGCGAGCCCACGCCUCCGCCCGAGAAGAAGAACCCAGCAAACAUCGGCUACUACGCCGACAACACCGCCAACGCACCACCCCCAGCCUACCCCUCCGUCCCCGCCACACCCGCCGGUCCCCCCGUCCUCGCCCACGCCUCAGCAAUGUACCAGUACAACGCGCAAGACGCCGGCGACCUCGCCCUCAUGCCCAACGACAAGGUUGUUGUGACAGAGUACAUGAACAACGAGUGGUGGAAGGGACGCAACGAGCGCACGGGUAUGGAGGGUAUCUUCCCUGCUAGCUACGUCCGCAAAGAGGAGAAGAGUGUUGUGCCUGCUUACAGUGGGGCGCCCGCACCGAGUAACUACGGUAACAUGCCGUUGGAUGUUGCGAGUGGUGCGCAGCAACAGGGACAAGUAGGACAGCCGGCGGGUGAGCCGAGCAAGAUGGAGCAGAAUGGAAAGAAGUUUGGUAAGAAGUUGGGGAAUGCGGCGAUUUUUGGUGCGGGUGCUACGAUUGGUGGAAAUAUUGUCAAUUCGAUUUUCUAG